GGCCACGUGCCAAAAAACAGAAUUGUCAGCCUAAAUGUUGGUUAACCUUGACAUUUAAUUGAAUCAAAAUUUGUCAUCAUAUAAAUUCGUGGUGAUUUUAUCGAAAUAAAAAUGUUAUCUUUAAAGAGAAAGAUCUCAGAAUGAUUAUCGAGAGAUAUCAAAUUCACCUGAGCCCACCUUCAGUUGAAUGAAUAGUGACGUCACAAAUUAUCAGCUGUCCAAGAAAAGCAUGCUUGGGGCUUGUGUUGGGUCGAAGUGUUGUUAUUCUAUCCACUAACUAAUCUUUUGGUAGUUACAAAAUCAAAAAGACUAUUUUUUUCUUAGUUGGCAUAACAACAAGUUGACAUAAUGAAUUUUAGUAUAACUAUAUUAUAUGCCAGCGAAACCGGAACAGCUCAAGAUGUGGCCGAACAAAUCUGGAAACGUGCCAAAAGGAAAGGAUUGAACAGCAUGGUAUCUGCAUUAGAUGAUUAUGAUUUAACUAAUUUUGGUUUGGAAGAUUUAAUGGUCUUUGUUGUUGCGACAACUGGACAAGGAGAUCCUCCUGAUAAUAUGAAACAGUUCUGGAGAUUUUUAUUACGCAAGAGUCUUCCUCCUUCUAUGCUUAGUAAUGUUAGAUAUGGUGUCAUCGGUCUUGGGGAUAGUUCAUAUAAGAAAUUUAAUUUCGCUGCUAAAAAGCUUAAUAAAAGACUAGCACAACUUGGUGGAAUAGAACUGUUGCCGAUAGGUCUAGCGGAUGAUCAACAUGAUUUAGGUAUAGAUGCCGUUCUUACUCUCUGGGUAAAGAAAUUUUGGGAGAAGAUUGCAUCUAUUUAUAAUAUUCCUGAGAUAAGUAUUCAUGAUAACGUUGAAGGAAUAAUUGAAAGAUACAAGGUUACUGUACUUGAUGAUCAUAAAGAAAAAUCAUUAAUGGAAACAGCUCAUUAUUUGGAGACUGAUAUUUAUACACGAGAAAUGGAUCUAAAAAAUGAUAUGAAAAUAGGUACUGUUAUCGACAAUAUAAGAACUACUGCUGAAGAUCACUUUCAAGAUGUUAGAUUAAUUAAAAUUCUAAAAGAAGAUAUUAUAUAUGAACCAGGAGAUAUUAUUUAUGUAAGACCAAAGAAUUCUCUGAAACAGAUUGAAAAAUUCUUUAACGUAUUGAAUGACAAUAACAUCCUACUUUAUCCUGAUAUGAUUGUUCAAGUGUCCAAAAAAGAAAUAAAAGUACCUUAUGUUUUAAGACAAACUUUAACCCUUGGAGAAAUCGUAGCGCAGUAUUGGGAUUUGUCUUACAAACCACGGAGAUCUACUUUUGAAGUAUUACAUCAAAUUAGCGAAAAUGAUUUAGAAAAAGAAAAGCUUCACGAAUUUACCAUACCCAGUGGUCAAGAAGAAUUAUACAAUUAUGUUAAUAGACCACGGAGAAAUAUUAUUGAAGUUUUAGCAGACUUUCCGCAUACUACGAGUAAAUUAAAUAUCCAAAUAUUAUUUGAAAUCAUGUCACCGAUAAAACCACGUGCUUUUAGUAUUGCAUCAAGUAUGAGAAGUACAAAAAAUGAAAUACAUAUAUUAGUUGCCGUUGUUAAUUAUAAAACAAAAAUAUUAGAGCGUAGAUUAGGGCUAUGUUCAAAUUGGCUAGCAAAUUUGAAAGUUAAUAGUAAAAUCAUCUUUUGGAUACGUAAGGGAACUUUUAUUUUCCCGUCAAACGUGCCAAAAAUUCUUAUUGGACCUGGUACAGGCAUUGCACCAUUUAGAUCGUUACUUUUAGAGGAAGCUGCCACGAAACAAGAUCUCAGCACAUGUUUAUUAUUUUUUGGAUGUAGAUACAAAGAAAAAGAUUAUCAUUGCAAAGAAGAUUUCAUUAAUUUAGCCAGGACGACUGAUCUAAAAUUGUUUUCUGCCUUUUCUCGAGAUCAAGAGGAUAAAAUAUACGUGCAACAUAUUAUACGUGAAAAUAAAUCAUUGUGCUGGGAAUUUCUUCAAAAUGGCGCCAAUAUUUACUUGGCGGGCAGUUCAAAAAAUAUGCCGAACAACGUUCGUGAUGAAUUUAUCGAUUUAAUAAAAGAAAAUGGAAAAUUUACUUAUGAGGAGGCUGUAAAUUUUAUAGAAAAUUUAGAAAAAAAUAAUCGUUAUCAAAGUGAAACUUGCAAAAAAAUGGCGGGUAGUUAUACGAAGAAAGAAAUUGGCGCGGGUCCUGAAGAACAAACUCUCUUAAAAGAUUCCAAUGGAGCACGUAUUGUCCCUGCUAAAGGUAGCGAACCUGUACGUCUUUCACCAGGUUGGGAAGGAACUGGAAGACCGGACGACGAAUUAAAUUUUAAAGGUGUAACCAUGGAUCAAGCCGAUCUAGAAAUAAAUCCUCCAAGUGACAGAUUACAUUUAGUAUUUUCUAUACUAGUACUUCAUGGAAUUGGUAUUUUAAUGCCAUGGAAUAUGUUUAUAACAGCAAAAGAUUAUUUUGUCAAUUACAAGUUAUCCAAAGAAUAUACAGAUAUUGAGAGUAAUUAUUCGACACAUUUUCUCUCAUAUCUGGGGUUUGCCUCGCAAAUCCCAAACUUGUUAUUUAAUUGGUUAAAUAUAUUUAUGAAGCUCAGUGGAAAUUUAACAACACGCAUAGCAUGGAGUAUCUUUACGCUAGUUCUAAUAUUUGUAUUUACCGUUAUAUUGGCAAUGACAGAUAGUUCUAAAUGGCCUGGGGUUUUCUUCUGGAUCACAAUGAUUUCCGUUGUAGUAUUAAACACUGCUAAUGGAAUUUAUCAAAAUUCGGUAUUCGGAAUGGCUGCGAAACUUCCCAGCAAAUACACAGGGGCUGUUAUUUUGGGUUCGAAUAUAUGUGGAACGUUCACAGCUUCACUCAAUCUUGUUUCUCAAAUUAUGGCACCAAAUGCGCGAACCGCAGCUAUUUAUUAUUUUAUAACAGCUUUAUUUAUUCUUCUAGCCUGUUUCGACACAUAUUUUGCUCUUCCCUUGAAUAGAUUUUAUAGAUACCAUGAAUUACUUAACCAGAAAGAGUUGAAUAAAAGGCAAUUGGAAAAUAGUGCAAGCGGGAAAAUGGAAACAAUACCUUAUUGGAAAAUAGUAUCACAGUGCGCACCGCAACUUUUGAACAUAUUUCUUGUCUUUUUUGUUACUCUUACUUUAUUUCCUGCCGUUCAAUCUGAUAUAAAAGUAUCAAACACAGAGUUUAUAAUUCCGCCUGAUUUUUAUGUUAGCAUUAUGUGUUUUCUGACUUUCAACAUUACUGCUAUGAUUGGUAGCUCCAUUGCAUCUAUCGUUCAAUGGCCCAGCGAAAAAUAUCUGAUAAUACCAAUUAUUUUACGGAUAUUCUUCAUACCGUUGUUUCUUUUUUGUAACUAUCAACCAGCGGAAAUUACAAGAUAUCUGCCAGUGUUUAUCACAAAUGAUUGGGGAUAUUUAGUUAUCGGGAUUACGAUGGGUAUUUCUCAUGGUUACUUUUCAUCUAUUGCAAUGAUGUAUUGCCCCAAAAUGGUAGAUCCACAAUAUUCAUCAGUAGCUGGUAUGUUUGGUGCAGCUUUACUGAUCACUGGUAUUUUUACUGGAGUUUUGUUUUCUUUUGUUAUGCCAAUGAUCAUAUCUUAGAGAGCAUUGGAUAUUUUAUGAAUAACAUUUUUGACAUUCAUCAACAAACAUCGUUUGGAAUUAUUUUCUAAGAUUUCAGUUAAUGCCAAAGAUCGUUAUUAUUUUAACUCAACAUUUUGUGUUACUAAUUAGAAAUUAAUGAAAAGAUCAAAGGUACAUGGUUAUUAUCACAAACAAUAUAUUUCGAUAUAAUAACUUGUUCAAAAUAUCAUAAUAAAUUGGACCAAUCAGCCUUAAUGAAAAAACAACUAUAUAUGUCGCAUUAGGUUCUACAGAAAUGCCUGAAUUAAAUAUUACAAAGCCGCUGGAGAGUAAGCACACAAUUUCAAUUUCUUUAAAUUCUACGAUUAUAAGUAUUCCGACUGUGAAACGAAAUUUAAAACGUAUCGUUUCUCGUUUUAUAAAAAUUAUUUCCUUUUUUAAAAGAACAAAAGAAAAAACUUUUUUAAAUAGAACGAUCUGAAGCAAAAUAACAUUGUUAAUAGAAUCAAAUUUUGAACAAGCAUUUAAACUGUUAUUAUUUGUAUUUUAAAAUUACACAUCAUACAUGUUAAAUAAAUACGUCGAGUAUCCACCAUAAAUCGGAUUUGUUUCCUGUGAGGCCCAGAAUUGAAGCUCAACUGCAAUUUGACAGACUAACCAAUAGUAUAUCUACGCUUAUAAUUAAUCUAUUUGCUUUAAUACUAUAAUUGAAAUUAUUUUACGUAACAAUUUCUUUUUAUCUAACUUUUGAUUUCAAUAGGGGCUUCCAUGGAAACAACAAGGAUUUGGGUACCUUAGCGCUCGGUUAUUACAAUACUCUUUAUGUAUUUGCAUGCUAGGAGAUGAAAUAGAAGAAAUUUAAUUAUUAAUAAAUUUAUAGUUU